AUGAUGGCACACGAAAUAUCCACACCAAUACCAAUACAUGGAAACGAAAAUAAUGCUUCAUUUCAAAACAUGUUGAAGAAACCUUCUCGUCAGCAUAAGAAGAAGCAAACCGAAGGGCAUGAUAAUCAAGUAAGAGUGCUUCCUAGUGGUGCCCCUGUUGAUUUUGGAAACGGGCCCAUCAAAAACAAAAACAAGAACAAAAACAAUAGCCCAAAGAAGCUUAAGGAACCAAUAAAGCUAUCAUCUUUGCCUUCUUUGCCAAAUGGAGAGAAGCCUCAAUUUUACAAUGACAAGAGUGAUUCGAGAAGAAAAAAAGAUGGCGAGCAAAACCCAGCUAAAGCGUUGACAAGGUCAAAGAAGUCACAGAAAGGAGAUAAGCCAUCUGUUGUCGAACCCUCAUUACCUAAUGGUGAAAAGCCCAAUUUCAACAACAACUCGAAACCACUGAAAAAGGCCAACAAUAAGAAGGAAAAGGGUCCUGUGGCCGUGGUUUUAGAAGAGGAUUCUUCUACGUAUGCUGGUUCAUCGUUCCAUUCUUCACCUGCCGCCUUGAAUCUCCCAAAACCAAAUUUUAAGCCAUCACCAAAGCAAAUUGUGGGCAAAGAGGAUACCGACGUGGUUUCACUGAAGCUGAUUGAUGUAUCUACAUCAAAGUCCAGUGUGGCACCAAUUUCUACACCGGUUGGAGCUACCCAAAGUCCAUCAAGCCCGGCUACAACCAUGUCAUAUUCACCACGAGGAUAUCCUAGCCAACCUAUCCAGCCGGUCUAUCUAGGCCCGCAUGCUUCACAACAAGCGAUAUACGCACCCCAAGGAUGCCACCCAUUCCAAUCUCAUUAUGUUCCGCAACCAGUUCCACCUCCUUUGCCUCCAAACCAAUUCUACAAUCCGUAUUUGGCUCCUGUGCCACACAUGCAUUACCCUCCACCUUCGCAGUUACAACCGAAUCCACAAGGCCAAAAGAUUACAUUUAAUCAAUUAUUGAGUUCUUCCAAGUAG